AUGUUCAGGGUGCCUCCGCUGCCCGUCCACCUCGACGCCUACGAGGGGUGGCAGCCCUCGUCCUCCAAACCAGAGAUUCCAAAAGUCACCGAUCAGAUCACGCCAGCCGAGAUGUGGCUUCACUUCAUAAGUAAACGUCGUCCGGUCAUCAUUGAAGGUCUGCUUCAAGAUCCAGACUUUAACGCUUCCAAAUGGACCGAUCUCGACUAUCUCAGGUCAACAGCAGGUCACGUUCCUGUCAAGAUCGAGCCCGUUCAUCCCUCCGCCGGUCACUUCGGCACCUCCGUCAAACGCAAAAAGGUCCAAUUCUCCGAAUUCAUUGAUACACUUCAAAGCAGCGACAGCACAGGCCAGUGGUACCUCACCACCCAGUACGUCGAGGAUGGUGACGACCUCGAAUCCGCCCCGCCCACCGCUCUUCACGAUCCCGACAGGGAAGAGGAUGGAUACGAGCCCGAGCUCGACAAUGUCCUGCCCGCCCCCACCAAUGCGCUCUCUCACGAUUUUCCAGCUAGUCCGUCCAUCCUUGGUAACCUCGUCCUGCAACAGUGCAACUUGUGGCUCGGCAACAGCAAGCAGGGCAAGAGUUCCGGCUUGCAUCACGACUUCCACGACAACCUCUACAUACUUCUUUCCGGCUACAAACGCUUCCUCCUCUUCCCUCCCUCGGCACAUCGAUAUCUCCAUCCUCGCGGUAUCAUCGACAGGGUCUAUCCCAACGGCCUUAUCGUCUACACACCGCCCGGCGAGCUUCCCUCCUAUGUGUCCGUCCCUGGCCGAAAGCCACAACUCCCCAUACGUCCAGACGGCCUCGUUCCCUCCGAAGCAGCAAGAUGGCGUCGCAAAGCUCGUCUCCGAAUCAAGCGCGAAAUCGACGAACUCGCCGCUGCCGACGCCGGCGAAGGCUCGCGUCACAAGAGCCAACGCAAGGGCAAAGCAAAGCAAACCCGUCCUCAAGAGCUCGCAGAAGAAGCUUUCCUACAAGCCGAAGCAGAGCUCCGCAUUUGUCGAAUGGACGAAGAAGGUAUCGACCCAGAAGAUGACAGCCUCGACGAAGAAUUCGACUUUGAGGAUGAUGCCGACGCCGAUAUUGACGGUCUCUUGAAUUCCCUAGUCGACGCGAACGCCAAUCAGCUCGCUGAUUCUUCAGAAGAAGAUGCUUCCGACGAAGACGACGGCCUACUCAGCGGUGACAACAACGAUCCGGCCGUCGACGAUGAAGAUGAUGAUGAUGACGACGACGACGAUGAUGAUGAUCAAGCCCGCCUGCUGUUGAAGUCCCUCCCCGACUCACUCAAACACAUCGGUGUGGCGGCGCUCGCAGGCGAUGCAGCUUCCAUGCAACAGCUUCGUGCCUACCUCGAGAGCGUCGCCGAGUCGGAGCAUUCCGACGACCCUCAGGCUUCUCUGUCUGAAGCAGAGCAAGGAUCUGUUCUCGAGCGCGAGAGCCUCGACGACGAUGAGGCCGAGUCAUCGUCUGAAGACGCCGAUCAAGGUCUCGAAGCGCUUUCACCUGGCGGAUUUGUCGCUUCCAAUGGCCUCGUUCGCAAACGCAAAGUUUCGUCGUCCCCAGACGGAACUCAAGAGCCGCACGACCGACCUGGCCAAGAAGCAUCCGACACUGUCGAGUCCGAUGACUCUCCAGCUCCUGUCAAACGUGUCAAGAUCGCCCUGGUGGCUCAAGAUAUCGACGACACAGCUUCGUCAUCUAGAGACAGCGAGACCGGCAGCGAGGCAUCCGACGAUCAGGCUCAAGAGUCAGAGUCGGGCGAUAGCGAAGAGCCCGGCUUUCUGGGUGCUGACUCUGGCUCCGAGUUCGGCGACGUGGAUGAAGGCGAAGCCGAACUAGAGCGCCUCCUAGCCAUGGCCGAGCAGCCAGCCGAUGCUCCAGCUAAGUCGGAUGCUGACGACGAUGAAGAAGAGAACGAGCCUCAAAGCUUCUCGCGCAUCCCACCUCACGUCUUGCAUCGUUGCCUCAACAUUCCCGACGAUCCGUCACGACCCAUUCCGAGUCAGAGGAACGGUGUCGCGGGCGCGCGCAACAAAAAAGCCGCAGCGGCUGAGCCGUACUCUCUCAUCCCUGGUUGUCCACCACCCAUCGAAGUGUUUCUGAAACCGGGCCAAAUGCUCUACCUUCCUGCCAGCUGGUAUCACGAGGUCACGUCUUCGUCACUCCCACCUCUGCAUGACCAACAAGAAGCCGACGAUCAAACAACAGAUGCCAGCAAGGUGCACAUGGCGCUCAACUACUGGUUCCAUCCUCCGGACGCGCUCGAUUUUGAGCCCGUCGACUCCAAACGAGCGCCCGCCGCCAACGGUCAAGGCCGAGCAUCGAAAGAUAUUGUCGUUCCGGGUCUCGGCGUCAGUCUCGGCGAGAGUGCGAUCGAAAACCGCGGCAGCGGUACGGGAACCCACGAGAGGCCAUAUCGCGACGCCGAGGUCUGGGACGAAGUCGCUCGUGCUGUUGCUCAGCAGAUCACGCUUGCGAAGGACGAGGUCUCCGAGUGA